AUGGGCAGGCACUCGGACGUUGACUGUUUCUAUCUUUGUCAAACAUAUGCGAAGAUACCGAAGCAUCUGAAACGUGACAACGCGAACCUGCUGAUCAUGUUCAAACAAGAUGGUACAAAUCUGAAGCAUAAUUACACAGAUAUCGAAAGCGAACCAUUAUCCACUCCGAAUAUCAAAGAAUCGGAUAAAAAACAAUCAAAUUUUUGGUUAAAUUUCUCGAAACCGCCAAAUAUAAAAAAAUCAAGAUUAAGCAGUUUAUCCGAUAUGAACCUGAUAGCCUCUACACCGACUUCUACACCGAUUGAGACAGCAAACACGGACCAUGGAGAGUACAAGUUUUAUGGUUCCUCGGCGCUACUUGACAAGACACUCUGCACCGCGUCUAGCUCCGAGCAUACGGGUGAUUCAUUUGAGAUACCGGAUGAUCAGUUUAUAAAAUUAUACCGACUAAAUAAAUGUAUGGUUACCGACGUUAUAAAUAUCGUCGAAGAAUUUGGGGAACCAGUUUCUCGGACGUCAGCAUUAGACUCCCAGACAAAGGUAAUUAUAUUUUAUUAACGGCAUGGAUUUUCUGGUGUUAUCGGAUGCAUCGAUUGUACACACGUUGCAAUCGUAGCUCCUGGCAUCAAUGAUCCGGAGUAUCCAGUACAUUGUGUAUACGUAAAUCGUAAAGGAUAUCAUUCCAUAAAUGUUCAAUUGGUUUCUGAUCCUGAUUUAAGGAUAAUACAUGUGAAUGCACGAUUCCCUGGGAUUACGGACGAUAAUUAUAUUUUGAACAAUAGCAAUAUAUUGGCAGCCCUAAAAAGUAUUAACGAAUACCAUGGAAAUGGUUUCUAUCUUCUGGGACUCGAAACUCGGUCAAGCGGCGUACGAGUCUGGUACUCUACCGGUGCCCCCACCGUUACAGUUAACGAUUGCUGCAACUAAACUCGUACAUCAAGCAGGUGCAGCAGGGCAAAGUUGGAUAGUAUCUCGAGAUUGUCGGAUAUGAUUCUCCGCUGAGGUCCUCCGUUGCAUCUU